GGAUGGGCGGGAGAGGGGAGACAGAGCGCUUCCAGCUCAGUAUCCGUCCUCAUGAGGCAGGCAGAGCUUGACGAGCAGCGGCUCCAAUGCCUUUUUUCCUCCCACUGUGUUGCUGCUGCAACAAUGUCCAACCUGUGUGAGUGGCGCGUCCCCUCAGACCGGAGUUGAGAGAGCGACAGACGGGGACGGAGCGAGGACGUGUGUGUCUCUUUGUCAUCUGGAUGGGAAGUGCUUUUUGGGAGGAGAGGCGGCAGAAAGCAGAAGGCAGCUGGGGAAGGGGAGCCACUGGCAGCAGCCAAUCCCCCCUUCCGCUCUCAGACUGGAGACGACGGAGGCCACUGGAGUAUUUGCUUUUAUCUUUCGUUUUUUGUUCUUUUUUUUCCUCAUCGCGCUGCUGGGAGGUGCUUUGCCUUUUCAUUUGCUCGCUCUCUCGGUCCUCUGUCUUCUCAUCUAUUUCGCCAUUUACCUGGUCAACAAUUUCUUCUAUUUAUGAGCCAGACAAGGAGGCAGAGAGAGACAGAGAAAGAGAAAGAGGACGGGGCCUGUUUUUCCUCCUCUUUUUUUUCCUCCCGUCCAUUCAUUCCGUUCUUCCCCAUCCCUGUGCAUCCCACGCUCCCUCCCUCCCGCCCGCCCUCCUCCACCUCCCCCCGCUCCUCCUCACCGCUCCGCUCACUGUCCACCCGUAACUUUUUGACUCCACCUGUCUUUUAAUUUCUCUGAUAGAGACCUUUUAAUCGCUUGCCUGUGUUUUCUAUUGAUGCCUUUUUCACUUUUGUACCUUUUCCUAUUUUUCCCUUGCAUCUUUUUUGGGCGCUUCUUAAAUCUGACCAUAGAGCGGCCGACGUCGGGACCGAAGCUGCUGCUCUUCCCCUGAAAACGCUGCGUUAGCCUUUGGACCAGUUUUUGGGGAUUUUACUGAAGACUGCUUUCGGCCUCCCCCAGUCUGAGGCUAUGAGAGGAAGGGAGGAGUCCCAGGCCGCGCCAUCAUGCUACUUCUGAGAAGCUGGGAUGAGACUCUGGCCGGCACCACACCAGGUUCUGAUCUCCCACUCCUCCACCAUGCCUGCCUGCGGCUGCAGCCCCUCUCCGCCCCGCAUCCACGCCAGCGAGCGGCUCCGGCGGGUAGGACCCUCGCGCCCACCUCCUCCUCCAUCGACCCGGGGCCGCGCCGGCGCCUCCCUCGCCCUCCCCCUCCUCUUCCUGCUGCUCUGCCUUUUCCACCUGCCCCCAAGCUGCCACUCGCGGAGAGAGAAGGGCGGGGUAGGAGGCGGCGGCCACUACAUCCCCAUCCCACAGCCCCCUCCCCACCACAUGGCGCUGCCCAACAUCCUGCGGGGCCUCAGCAUCGCUGUGGUGCUGGUGGGCAACUCCAGUGAGGUGGCGCUGGCUGGGGCCCGGGAGAAGGAGGACUUUCUCCACAUGGCGCCCAACGUGGAGGUGCUGACCAUGAACGAGACGGACCCUAAAAGCAUCAUCAAGAGCAUCUGUGACCUCAUGACGGAGCACUGGCUGCAGGGCGUGGUGUUCGGGGACGACACCGACCAGGAGGCCAUUGCUCAGAUCCUGGACUUCAUUUCAGCCCAGACCCACAUCCCCAUCCUGGGAGUCCGAGGGGGCUCAUCCAUGAUCAUGGCUGCUAAGGAAGGACGAUAACAGGCAGCGGCGCAGGAGGCGGACGAUCCAGCAGUUCCACUUGUGGUGUGGGCUGAACAGGAAGAACAAGAAAAUUCAAUAAAAUGCACCCGCUGAACUGCCGUGGAGCAGUUCCUGCUCACGUGCUCAUCUGAAGCCAGUGCUAGUGUUUGGUGAAACAGAGCCACACAGCAUCAUGUGAGUCCUCAGCCUUUAUGGACGCUCGUCCUCCGAUGAAGAGCACACAGUCUGUAGUUACUGGCAGAGUGAGUUAAAGAGAUGAAGCCAGAAGCUCCGCUGUCACCACGGAGGAGGAGGAGGAGGAGGAGGGAGACGGAUGGAGGCGAGGCCGCUCACUGUAGCCAUGAACAGAGCAGGGAGGAUGAGGAGGGCGAAGGCAGGGAGACCUCCGACGCUGAGGAAGAGGAGCAGGAACGCUGCUCCUUCGCGGCCUGAAUGGAGGAGGAGGGACCGAGAGCAAAGAUGGAUAGAGAGCAGCUGCAGACACAUCUGUGAAAGACGGGUGAUGGAGGAGGAGGACGAGGAGAGGAAGGAGGUUCCGGCCAACACGGCACAGCAGGCCACGGUCUGCCGGUCUGCAGCUGGAGCCGCUGGUUCAGGUUCGGUACCGACGGGACGAGCGUCACGCUCUGACGCGGUGGCCGCCAUCUUUGUUCCACUGACGCGUCCUCCAGCAGCAGAGCAGCAGGACACCAUCAAUUAACUUUUGCCCAAAUAAUUUGGGCUUUUCAUCCUUUGAAACGUGGGCGUUCGAGCCCUUUGUGAGAGGAGAGAGAGAGCAAUUUGUGUGUAAUUGCUCGGAGCCAGCGAGUGGACGCUGCUGAAGCGAGCGCAGGCUCCUUCCCUCGGUUUGAGUCCUCGUCUUCCUGGGGUUUGAGCCCAUAAAUGCUUCGUUUAUAUCCUCAAUUAAUGUCCUACAUCUGCACCUAUUGUUGCAGCGGCUGAGGUGCUGUACUCCAUUAAUGUAAUGUGCUGCAGCUUGGCACUGCGUUUGCAAAUGAUAAGAGAAUUAACAGUGAGUGUUCCUGUGCCUCGCGUCCCGUGUUUGCGUUUCACCCUCGGCCCUCGCUCUCUCGCUCCCUCUCUCGCUCGCUCUCUCGCUCUCUGUUCUCGUUUCUUUCACAUCUCUUUCCUCUAAUUGUUUGCUCCAUUCGUGUGUUCUGUGGUGUCCAGUACAGCUCGAUAAACCAGAGCUUUCUGAUCCCCCUUUCAUCCUGGAUGUGUUCUCUCUCUUUCUACCUUUGUCCAUUUUUAUCCCCUGCUGCUUCUUUGUUAGCAGUUUUUGUAUCUGUGUGUCUCUGACAGUCUCUCGCGGCUGUUUUUCAGUUGCAAAAGCUUCACCUAGAAAAGCCUUUAUCUGGAGCCUCAGAGAACCUUUAACUGAGUGAGUUACUAGAUAAAAUGGUGCUAAGGACUGAAGGACAAACAGGUCUGUCUUCAUCCAAAUUUUUGUCACCUCAACAAAAUGUACGAUGAUGCCAAAGCGGCUGCAGGUCCAACCUGCUCCGACCGUCGGCCGUCUGCUCCGACCGGCGGCCGUCUGCUCCGACCGGUGGCCGUCUGCUCCGACCGGUGGCCGUCUGCUCUGAUCGGCGGCCGUCUGCUCUGACCGGCGGCCAUCUGCUC